AAAGGUUUUGCUUCCUACCCAUCUUAAUCAAAGAAAUUAUCCACAUCUGCUCAUUCUGCGUAAAGAAUGGGAGGUGAGUUUAGUGAAAGAGCGUGUGUGGAAGUGACGCAAGCAUAAAAAGGAGUGCUAGGAUAGUUGGAGAGUCAUUUAAUACUGUCUCUGUUUCACCAGAAGCAUAAAUAUUAUUUAAAUGUAUGCUAACACGCAAUUUUCUCGGUUUGAGUGCAAGAGGAGACAUAAAUAACUUGGGGAUUGCAUCAAGAAGGACAUGAUGCACCAUUAGAUACAAAAUUCUGCCAAAUCCAAUAUGUGGAGCUACACAUUCUUGCUCCUCUUAGAUAAGGGAGUAGCAAAAGUAGCUUUUACUUUAAAUCACUUAAAUGCAUUUUGCACCCUCUUGUUUGAUUUGUAAAAAAAACAAAAAAAUCCCUUUGAUGUAAAACGGUUGCAAACUGAGCCUGUUAAUUUUAACUGUCAUUACAGGUAAAGAAUCAUGGCCUCCGGUGGUACUCUUUUAUUCAUUUUCACUGCCCUCUGUGUCACUGCAGUCAAGAGUGGAUUUAUAAAAGUAGAAUGCAAAACUAAAAAUGUAGGACACUAUGGCCAACAGUCACUGCUGGAGUGUGUCGUCAAAACAUCAACAGAUGCACCUGAUCCAACUAUCCGUACGGUUGCUUGGAAAAAACUGACCUCUCCAGAAGAUGAAGGUGAUCUCGUGUUGGGUUUUAAUAGAGGGAAAUGGGACCGGCCAAAGCGAGGUUACAGGUUUGCUGAUCCAUCAUGGGACAAGAAGAACAUGAAUGUAUCUCUGCUCAUCACCAACACUGCAGUGGCAGACGAUGGAGAUUACGAGUGCAUAGUGAUUACAGACAGUGGUGAUGACAACGUGGUCACUACCCUUAAAGUCCAAGCCAGAUACAGUGUCCCGACUGUACAUUCCAUCCCUGAGAAAAUUGUCCCAAAUACAGACAGUACCCUGAUCUGUGAGUCUCAUGGAGGCUACCCAAAGGGAACACUUCGCUGGUUUGAUGAAGAGAAGUAUGAGUGGACAAGAAGCUCUGAAAUGGAGGCAACACAGUCAGACGAUGGUUUGUUUCAACUCACAAGCAGACUCCUUUUUUUGCAAGGAUCCACUUUCCAGAAGUAUACCUGUGCUGUGUUCAAUGCCAGUGGAAGCAAAGAGGAUGAGUUUACAUUUGAAAUGCCACCACCUCCUUCAGCCAGAUACAGUGUUCCGACUGUACACUCCAUCCCUGAGAAAAUUGUCCCAAAUACAAACAGUACCCUAAUCUGUGAGUCUCAUGGAGGCCACCCAAAUGGAACACUUCACUGGUUUGAUGAAGAGGGUAAUGACUGGACACAAAGCUCUGAAAUGGAGGCGACACAGUCAGACGAUGGUUUGUUUCAACUCACAAGCAGACUCCUUUUGUUUAGAGGAGCCACUUUCCAGAACUAUACCUGUGUUGUGUUCAAUGCCAGUGGAGGCAAAGAGGAUGAGAUCAUAUUUGAAAUGCCAGCACCACCAAGACUAACACCUCCUUCAGGUCCAGAGCCGAUAGAGAUCUGCAAAAUAGUUGUCCGUCUGGUGGUCAUUGGUUCACUGAUGGUAGGAUUGCUGUGUGUGCUGUUGUUCUGCAGAUGGAAAGCUCAACAGGUCCAGAAGUGCUCUACUGAACCUCGUACGGUUGGCCAUCAUGCAGUUUACAGACCUGAAGUGAAUCUGUAGGCAGGAGGCACCACACACCGGAUGAUUAUACUGUAUCAAUUUAAUGCAACACGUCUCUUAUUCGCUAUUUACGCUAUUUGUAUUUUCCUAUUGCAAACACAGUGUAUAACCAGGCGUACCAUGUAUUACUGUGUGUUUAGCAGACAACUCAUAAGACCUUUAUUCACUUAAACUCUGUAUAUAAAAGAAUGAAGUCUUGAGCUUAAAAAAACAUCUUUGAAUCAAGCCAAGAUCAACGAGGCAGGGAACCGUUACAGGCCAAGUCAUUUACAAACAGUCACACCAGACUAGAAAUGGAAGACUUAUGAUUUCACUUGGUUGACUGAGGAAAUGUUUGUAUACAUAUAACACAGUUUUGUUGAGUCCAUGUAGAGCUGGGCGAUAUAAGAUUUUUUCAUAUCACGAUAUGUUUUU